UUUAAAUAGACAAAUUUUCAACUGAUUACUUUAGAUAGAGUUAGUAUUAACACAUCCAUGUUCGCGCCAUGUUUAGCGCCGAGACACUACCAGUGUCUCCAAAUUAUCGCUAAAAACUGUGAUUUUAGAUGCGGAAUGUUAACAUAUCACGUGAUAGUGCCAUGGAGUAUCCUGUUCUUUCCUUACGUAAAAGCGGCUAUAUUAUCCACAUACAUGGAUGACCCAUGCGGCGAAUGUAAUCCAGCCGUCUAUCGAGCGUCGAAUCACGAAGACCAUGUCGUGGAAUUAACAAAGAGCACCAAAAAAGAAUUGAAUCCGUCGUACCGCGAGGUCGACACUAAAUUUGAAAUAAUUUGGACCACCGAGAGUCUUCCGGAAAAUCUCACACAUCUACAUUAUGAAUCAUCGUCAGAAGAGGAACGCGAGACGAGCAUCGCAUCUUCUAUUCUCUUAGAGAAUAUCACAAGUGAUUCCGAUCGUGCAAAUUUCUCAACGGAAUCCACAACUUAUCAGUAUGAUAGUGACGCAGCCAAAUCCAGAUUUGACGAGGAUCAUCUUAACGCGGAAAGUAUAUCUAGUCAAGAAGAUUCGACGAAUUCACAGAGCGAUGCUACCGUCUCCACCGGAACUGCUGCGAUCUUUGAAUCGCAGUCGGAUGUGCUUCCUCCGGAGCAAAAGGAAUCUCAUCCACCAACGAACAAUAAUUCGCUCACCAUCGCAAAUCAUGAGGACACGACUGCAGAUAGUACUUUAUUGCUUGACGAACCGGCGACCGAAGUAACCGAAAGUGAUUCAACUUUCGCAGACGAAGAAAUGAUGACAUCAAAUUUCGCGAAUGAGAUUCGAGAUAACACGACACCGGAGGACGCUGAGCAUUUUGGAGAGAACGCGUUUUUACCGCUACGUAUAAUUAUGUAUGCACCGCACCUACAUAAAAAAAAUGGCAAAAAGACGAAAAAAUACACGCACAUGAUUCUGAAGUCCGGCGAUCCCGAUUUUCAUGAGCACCCCGAUUCAGGAAUUGACGUUGCAUCACCGCCGUUGAGAUUAAAAUUCCUCGUGAAUUUUAAGGAUGUCAAUGCUCACAUAACAAGCUCCGAAGAAUACGAUUGGCAAAUAACGGAAGCAGAUGAAGAAAAUGUUAAUCAGAUGUAUAUAUUCGAUAAAAAUGAAAGCCCAGGAUUGUACGGCGAAAUAGCGGACUAUUGGAAGAGUUAUGAAGAUAAUGACAUAGCUGAUCAAAAUGAAACGUUUAAUGAUAUUUACAACAACUCUACGACUAAUUAUAAUGAGGAACAUCGUUCUGAUGUCAGCGAUUACGCGACGAGUCUUUCGAAGGCGGAAGACAGCUAUUUAAUUACAAAUAUCACAGAAAAUCCCAAUAUUGGAGAUUCCACUGAUCCACAGAAUAUCGAUUCGAGCACGAUUGAAUCUUCCAGACCGAUUAAUGAGAAUGAGCAGGUCGAUAAGAAAGAGGAGAUACGAUAUAAAUUAAUUGAACAUUACAAUAAACUUUUAUCUUGGAUCGAUUAUAGAUUAAAUAAAUAAAUCAUAUUUUAUAAUGUA